ACUCUUUGGCGGCGGCUUCCACAUUUCACCCCCACCCGGCGCGACGCCUCCACCACCUCUUCUGCUAUAAACGCGGAUUCCCACCUUUCUCUCCGCUCCUUCUCUCUCUCCGCUCCUCCCCCCCACCCCCCCUGAUUCCUUCGCCUGCCUCUCCCUCCCUCUUUCUGUCUCUCUUUCGUUCUGUGUUUCCGCGGCGCCGAAAACCCAAAGCCAGAGAUCGAUCUCGAGAUCAUGAGCGCGGGCGAGCUGCUCGGCAUCGAGCCCCUCGAGCUAAAAUUCCGUUUCGAAUUAAAGAAGCAGAUCUCGUGCUCUCUUCUGCUAUCCAACAAGACUGAUGACUACGUUGCCUUCAAAGUCAAGACUACGAGCCCGAAGAAGUAUUGUGUGCGGCCAAACACUGGAAUAGUCUUGCCUCGACAAACAUGCGAUGUCAUCGUUACUAUGCAAGCACAGCGGGAGGCUCCUCCCGACAUGCAAUGCAAGGACAAAUUUCUUGUUCAGAGCGUUGUCGCAAGCCCUGGUGCUACUGUGAAGGACAUUACACCGGAAAUGUUCUCUAAAGAGUCUGGUAAUAUGGUGGACGAGGUCAAAUUGCGGGUUGUAUACGUGUCUCCAGCUGCACCACCUUCACCAGUUCCUGAGGAAUCUGAGGAGGGUUCAUCACCUAGGCCUUCUAUAUCAGACAAUGCUAAUAUGACAACCAGAGAAUAUGUUUCUGCUGAAUCAAGGGAGCAGAUUGAGCCUCGAGAAAAAUCUUCAGAGGCAACACCUUUGAUUUCAAGGUUGACUGACGAGAAGAAUGCUGCUGUUCAACAGAACAAUAAACUUCGACAGGAGUUGGAGCUUAUGAGGCGCGAAGUCAGCAAACAGCCUGGUGGCUUCUCCUUCAUGUUCGUGGUUAUUGUUGCCGUGCUUGGAAUCCUUCUCGGCUAUCUUGUGAAGACAUAAUUUCUCUAGGGUUUUCAUCCUGUUGGCCAUUCCUAACUGGAAAGGCAAAAUGAAAUGAGAUGAUCUGAUUGUGUGUUAGCUGUUUGUAGAAUUUAGAACACACUGCUGAAAAGUUCAUGGUUCAGCGAUUCCCUGCUUGUAACUCAGUACAUGUAAUUUGUGAUCUACCAAGCCAUUUUGAGUUGCAAUCUUUUGUAAGUUAUGCUCUUUUUGCCAUCUGGAUGGGAAUGGUAAGGAAUUCAGUGCUUCAAAUUUCCAGAACAUUAUUAUACAUCAUAAAGUAUCUUUCUUCGUGGCAAAGCCACAAUUUCUUCUA